UCGCCGGGCCGCCUGGUCUGGCUCCGUGGCCGCCGCCGCCGCGAUGAUGGGCGAAGCGGAGGCCUCGGUGGGGGCGGCCGACGUGAAGCCCCCGCCGUGCCCGCUGGUCGGGCCGCUCUCCGUGUCGGCGCCGCCCGAGCCGGCCUUGCAGGCCGCGGCUGAAGAGGCGGCGCCCACGACGCCCACCAUCGCCUCGUCGGCCGCCGCCGCCGCAGUGGCCGCGCUGGCGGCCGCCGCCGCGGCUCCUCCUCCGCUGCCGCCGCCGCUGCCCGUGCCGCCGGUGCCCGUGGUCUGGAGCCCCGAGGUGGAGGUGUGCCUCUUUCACGCCAUGCUGGGCCACAAGCCCGUCGGAGUGAAUCGCCACUUUCAUAUGAUCUGCAUCAGAGAUAAAUUCAGUCAGAAUAUUGGGAGGCAGAUUUCUUCCAGAGUAAUCUGGGAUCACCUGAGCACGAUGUAUGAUAUGCAAGCCCUGCACGAGUCUGAGAUUCUUCCCUUCCCAAAUUCAGAAAAAAAUUUCAUCCUCCCUGAAGAUAUUAUUCAUGAGGUAAAAGAAGGUAAAGUGAUGAUUGAAGAUGAUGUGAAAGAAGAAAUAAAGGAAGAGAUGGAAUCUCAUACAGGUCCCGACGAAGUAUAUGCGUCUAUGGGAAGCCUGGGGAAAACAGCUGAAAAGCCAAGCACCAAGGAGAAAGAAAGAACCUUUUCUGAAUCUGGAUCCAAAGAAGGAGCAGAUAAGAGAAAGCGGAACAGAGUCACCGAGAAGGUCUUAAACACAAACAGCAAUCCCUCCAGUCCAAGUGCUGCAAAACGGCGUAGAACAUGAACGACGGUGGAGCAAGACAAGAGCGUGUUUAAACUCCAAAACCUGAGCAGUGGACAGUUGGUAGCUUCUAGUUAACAAAAGGAGGGAGGGGGAUGAGUUGUAAAUACAUACCCCUGGGUAAGCAUGAGCUUGGACGUCUCCUCUGAGAAAAGAUGGCUUGCUGAUUUGCAGGAAUCAGCUGAACAGUGUCUCUGUCUUCAAAGAUUUGGGAUGAGUGGAAGUCUGGCAGCUUUACAAGUCAGUGUAUUUACUGAGCAAGUCAGGCGAUGGCAUUUUUUACACAGCAGUUCCUCAUAUAUAUUUAGCACUACUCUCGAAGCCGGUGUUUGUAAAGGAAAAAGGAGCUACUGUUCUUGAAGCACUCAGAUGGCUGCUCUUUGGAGGACAUACAUAUCAUGAGCUGGUGUUGCUAAUUUUCAUGACCGCAACAUGGGCUAUUGCUCGGCGAGACGUCAGAGAUACAAAUGGCAGAGAUUCUCAUUGGAGAAGUGCACAAAAUACAGAGUGCCUCUGUAUAAAGAGAGAACUUUUUUGCUUCUGUCAUGCUCAGCUUCGUUUCUUGGAAACUGCAGACUGUUCAGACUGUAGAAGAGUGUACCAUUAAGCAGUGCAAAGCAGGGACUGAUUAAAUGCCUUAAAACCAGGGCAGGCGAUGUUGUUUGUUGUCUGGGCUGCAUAUUAUCCACAGGAAUCUUAAAUUGUUUUAUGUGAAACGGAAGGUUGAGCACAAGCUGUGAGAAGUUGACAAAAUGGAUUGUUACCUCUGAUUCUUGUACUGUAUUAAUGCCUUCAUCUGCAGUGCCUUUAAUGCAAGCAUUUUCUUUAAAGUCAUUGAUACCGCUUGCAUCGAAGGCAUUUGCCAGGUUAGGGCAAUGAAUGUGUAUGUGCGUAUAUAUUUUUGUAUGCAUUAUUUAAUUCAGUUUUUAAAUAUUCUAUCCCUACAGGAAGUUCUUAAAUUGGAGAUAGUGUGGAAAGUGGUAAUUUUGUCACAUUAUUCUUGUGUAAUUCAGUGGGCAUCAGCUUACUGAUGCAGCUUAGACUUUCCACUUACAUUGUAGUUUUAGUUUAAAGUGUUCUGACUUUUAUGCUAGGUUGUUGAGAACAGCUUUUUGUUAUUUCUGGAUGACCAAAUAAUAAAUCUCUCCCCUUAUUGUGGCAGAAAACAUAUUUUUAUAAGGGAAAAAAGAAGAUGAAUGAAGGCAGCUAAGAAGUUGCCAGUUUCACCUUUGUAUUAGCCUUUACUGUUUAAUAAAAGAGUUCCAGACUA